CACACACACAUUCCUCUCUCUUCCUUUUUUCUGACUUUAGUCUUUAGCUCAAGUUAAUCAGUAUUCCAUUCCCUCCAUGGCUACCACAUUUCCUCCCCUCUCCUCCUCCUCCUCCUCUCGCUUUUUCGCUUUAUUAUGCAUUAUAUUGGUGCAAUUGCAUUCCAAUCUCAUUAUAGUUUCAUCAGUGGUGCUUGUUCUCCGCAACCACCGCAACCACAAUGAGCACCACCGCCGCCCAAUGCUCCAAGCCAACGGCACCUCCUGCGACCUCUUCGCCGGCUCCUGGCUCCGCGACGACUCCUAUCCUCUCUACCAAUACUCCUGCCCUAUCAUCGACCCCGAAUUCAACUGCCAAAUGUACGGCCGCCCCGACUCCGACUAUCUCAAGUAUCGAUGGCAGCCCCUCAACUGCCAAAUCCCCAGGUUCAAUGCUGUGGAGUUUCUGACGAGGUUGAGGGGCAAGAGCGUGAUGUUUGUGGGGGACUCGUUGGGGAGGAACCAGUGGCAGUCGCUGAUUUGCAUGAUUUCGUCGGGGCUGGCGGCGUCGUCGCCCACGCAGAUCACGCGAGGGGAUCCUCUCUCCAUUUUUAAAUUCGUGGAAUAUGGCGUGUCGGUGUCGUUUUACAGGGCGCCGUAUCUGGUGGACAUCGAUGCGGUGCAGGGGAAGAGGGUGCUGAGGCUGGACGAGAUUAGAGGCAACGCGAAUGCGUGGGCGGGUGUUGAUAUUCUCUCGUUCAACACCGGCCAUUGGUGGACUCACAAAGGAUCUCUCCAAGGGUGGGAUUAUAUGGAGGCGGGAGGGACUAUGUACCAAGAUAUGGACCGCUCAGUGGCGUUGGACAGAGGGCUGAGAACGUGGGCCAGAUGGAUCGACAGUAGCAUUGACACUAGUAGAACCAGAGUGUUUUUCCAGGGCAUUUCGCCCACACACUACAACCCAAGUGAAUGGAGUGCAGGUGCUAUAACGACAGCGAAGAGCUGUUACGGAGAGACAAUGCCAAUGGUGGGGACUUCGGGGUAUCCAGGAAUUUACCCUGAUCAAAUGAAGGUAGUGCAGGCAGUGCUGAGUUCCAUGAACAAGCCUCCCUUCUUGCUCGACAUUACCAUGCUCUCCGCCAUGAGGAAGGAUGCCCAUCCCUCCAUCUACAGCGGCGACCUUACCCCUGGACAGCGAGCUAACCCCGACCAUUCUGCCGACUGUAGCCAUUGGUGCCUUCCCGGCUUGCCAGAUACUUGGAACCAACUAUUCUACACAGCUCUCUUCUACUAGCAAUGUUUACUGAUUAUCAUUCUAUGCUCCAGUAUUCUUUACUCAUUAUUUUAACCUCCACAGUUAGCAUAUUAUAGCUUUCCGAUAGCCAGAGCCUAAAAAGUUGGUCUCUUCUCUUGUAUACUAUUAGCAUUGCUACUCUGCUCGAGUAUAUUAAUAAACGAAGGAAGAAUUUCUUCUGAGGUUA